UUCUCAAAUUAUAUUUAUUCAUUUCAAACAGUUAUUGAUUCUCAAAUUAUCUUUAUUUAUUUUUCAUAGUAAUGUUUAUCUCCUAUUCAUUCACCUGUGACAGGUAGUAAACGACCAACAAAAACGUAUGUGUACAUGUAAUGUAAAUAGUGUGACUAUCAUGUGACAGAUCAAAGUGUAAUAAAUAAUAAUAUCCGUGUAUGUUAUCGUUUGAACUGAUUUACAAUACACAAUGCAUGAGCAUGCUACAAAACAAGGAAGUCAUUUAGCAACUGAUUUAAAAGAAUAAAGUUUUUUAUACAAAGGAUUGGAUUAGAUAGUAUGGAAACCUUUAUGAAAGUGAAGGGCAUAGCACUGCCUAAUAAGAAUAAGAAAUUUGUUGAUAAUUCCAAUUCUUUGCUGGGCCAUACAAGUAUUAGAGAUAGGAUUUGGGACGAGGACCUUCAUGAUGAAGAUAGCAUUAACAAAUUCAAGGAAUUUUCCUCUGGUCUAUUGUCACUCGAUGAAAUUGAAUUGACCAACGUUUGUAAUGCGCUCGAUUUUGAACAAUGUGUUUCCGUGGACGAUCCUAAAACUACGGAGAUUGUUACAAGUAUAGAAUGUUUCAUAACUUCUCUCCUUCGAAAGGUAGGAGAAAUUGAUGCACGAUUUAAGUCUUCCCUUAUCAAGGGUGGUAGUUUUUAUGACGGAACGAAAAUAGGAGAAAUAGAUGAGUUCGACUUUGUAGCACGAAUUGAUUCUUUAUCAAAAGAAGGGGUUCUCGAGGCCCGGGAAGCAAAACAAAAGAAAGGUUUUGUGUUUCUGGCCGUUAAGGACAGGAAAACAUUGAAGGAAUUUGAAGAUUUUAUCAAUACUGAUGGAGUAAUUUCUGUUCAGAUGUUUAAAGAGCAUUUUUCAGACCUUUUAUUUUCUGCUCUGUCUGAAAUUGAGAUACCAGAAAAUAUUAUUCCAUCUAGCAGAUUUAACAGUGGAGAUGAAUACGAUGAUGACUGGGUACCAUUGCGCCAUGGGCCUUGUGCGAAACUAGAUUUGACAUACAUUUGCAAUACAACGCCAGAUAUUGUUGAAAUUGACAUAGAUAUUGCACCUGGCAUCGCAUUUCCAAAUAAGAUGUAUAUUCCACCAGUUCUUGAGAAGCUUACUCAUUUACAUCCAAACGAAUUUCUUCAAACAUUGAAAGAACUGUGCGACAAGGAAGAAAUAUGUGUUGUUCCAUUCGAUUUUGAUACUACAGAGAAAAUAGGUGAGUCGUCGUGGACUUAUAAAUACAGCGAUACCUGGAGAAUUUCUUUUUCCUCCAUUGAAAAAGCUGUGUUUUCGUUAUACAGUCACAAAAGUACAGAAAAGACACUUUAUAGACUUCUAAAAAUUCUAAAGGAAUUUCACUUUCAGCAGUCUGAUGAUGUCAUCGAAAAAAGUGGAUCCAAACACUUGAAAGGUAAUGAGCCACCAAGAACAAUAAUGUCUACAAGUGGUUUAACCAUCCAGCCCUUAUUCAGCCGAGGCGAUGACGAGGAGGGAGAGUCAAAGGAGUCAGAAAAUCAAGAAGUAGAUUUUAAGGAAAGAUUUUGUGUUGAAUCAGUAUUCCAAAAAACAAAACAUGAAGCCAAUGAUUACGAGGUCGCUUAUGGUGACAACAUACAAGAAAAUACAAUAUCUGUAAAAGAUCUGAUAGUCUGUCCAAAAGAGCAAAUGAAGACACCAGCACGUUAUGUUGAUAAAAAUGAUAAAAUAAGCAUCAAAACAUCAGAAGUAAAUAAGUCAAGCAACAUUUCCCUAAACACAAGAGUGGCAACACCAUCUGAAAAUCAAGAAAGCCGAUAUAAGGAAUACAAACCAAAACGUCCGAAUCAUUCUGAUCAGAAAAUGGAAUGUACAAAUAAUGGAACGAGUACUCAAAGUGUUGAUGAACAUAAUUCAGAUGGUACAAGUUUCCCAGACAAAAUAAAUCUUAUAUGUGGCAUAAAUCAAAGGACAAGUGAUUUACAUGAUAAUGAGGGGUUGACUGAACCUGGAAGUAGCGUUGGCUGUUGCAUGCAGACUACCAGCUUUGAAUGUCUUCAGAAUUAUUCGACCAGUUCCAACAUUUCUAAAAUAAAUGACAUAGAGAUUCUGUAUUUGAGAGAGAAGGCUUCUGAUGUGGUCAGUGAAGAUCUAUUCGAUUCAAAAACUGAGCCAGGUACACUGAUUUCACAGACAACUACUUUCGGAGAUACUUUAAAGAUUUUGAAAUACAGAGAGUCCUUGCCUCUUUUUAAGACUUACUAUUUAAAGAUGCUCUUUCUGGCAAUGAAAACAGCAUACCCUAGAGAUGACGACUGGACUGAGGACAAACUAUGUUCUCUUGUGAUAUCGGCACUACAAAUGUUAUACUAUGCUUUCUCGUCCAAACAGAAGGGAUUUCUCAAUUACUGGUUCCAAGAUUAUGUGGAAAAUCGUACGCGAGAAUCUACAUCGAUUGAAAUUCUUUUCUGUUUGCAAGAAACACUAACAAUGUUCAGAAAUUUGCAAGGAGUCCAGUAGACCAAUAGUUCCUACUUCGCCUUGGAAAUUUACUGCAAAUACAACUACGUUUUUAACACAUAAAUGAACAAAAAAGUCAAUAAAAUCUAUGUCCUGAUUAUCCAUGGCAUUGUCCAUGUGCAUCAAUUUUUUUUAACACAUAAAUGAACAAAAAAGUCAAUAAAAUCUAUGUCCUGAUUAUCCAUGGCAUUGUCCAUGUGCAUCAAUUUUCUCUUUAUUCAACACAGGCAUAUGUGUAUCAGCUUUUAAAACCGGAACGCUAACACCAUAGGAAAUUAAUUCAUCGUAGAUACCAAGAUUAAAAUUGUGUUCACCAAACGCGCAUUUCGUCUACAAAAGACUUAUCAAUGACGCUCGAAUCAUUGCUGACUAUAUAAAUGAAUAAUUAUAAACUCUUCAAAGAUACCAGGCUUAUAAUUUUGUAAUCCAGACUUAAGUGUUUCAUAUGUCCUAGAAUACUUAUAAACCUCUGCUUUUCUGCACAAAUUCCUCCAUUUUUCUUAGUUAACACUCGAAAGGUUUUGUAUGUACCAUUUUCUUGUAUAACAGGAUUAUAAAAAUCCAUAUCAAUCUUCAUAAAAAUAAAAGAUUGUCUGAAAAAGUAAAGCUAUUCAGUGUCCUAGAACAAGAUAUUGCUAUCUUUAUAUGGCCAUUCCCUUAAAAAAAAUCAAAGUUAUGACUCCAUGAAUUGUCUAGCACUAGUAGGAUAGAAACCUUAUAUAUUUAAUUAAACGUGUUAUCAUCCUAAAUAUGCAAGUAGUGUUCACAACUUGGUGUUUCAUAAAAAUUGUGUCAAAGGGAUUAAGAAAUACACAUUAGGUACGAUAUCAAAACUAUUUUCCUAUUUCAACAUCGUUUUAGAGGAUAAUGAAGUUUAGUUAGGUAAAAAUGUUUAUUCAAAAUAUAAAUAAACUACAAUGGUUCUACAAAUGUUGCCAUAAAAAUGUAAUACAUUGUACAAUUAUGUUUGUUACUAUAGAAACAAAUCAUACAAAUAACAAUGUAUGUACUUAAAAACAAACCUAUAGCUUUUGAAAAAUAGUGACUCUUUUUCAAAUAUUUUAGUUGGUAGCAGUCAUAUUCAUUUUAACUUUCAAACUACACUGGCACUUCAAAUGACUCUUAAGCCAAAAUGAGGCAUACAUGAAUAUCAUAUGAAAAUUUUACUAACUUAUAUAAUGGUAUUACAUGUGUGCUACUUUGACGGGUCAAAUCAUUGACUUUAAAGCCAAACAUACCUUAAUGAAACAACCUAGGCCUGUUAGCAUAGCUUUUAAUAAAAAUUGCAAUUCUUUUAAACCAUAUGGUGUUAAAUGAUAGAACUAUUACAAAAUGGAGGUGAUUGGUGUAAAUAGGUUCAUAGAUUAAAAA